UUUAUCUCUAGUGAGAUAAUCAGGCACCCUUCACCCCUAUAACCCUCACCCCCUCCACCCAUAUCCCUACUUUGGCCUAUUAUAUACAACACCUCCGGCAGCAAAGCUACCCUCCCCUCCAUAUAUCAAAGAAUCAACCAGUCAAUUAUACCCAACUCUAUCUCCCUACCCCACCACCACCACCACCUCUGCACACGACCACGACCACACACAUUGCAACAACAAAACGUCCCAAAAAAAAUAAAAAUAUGGCGGAUUCACUCCUAAACCAGAUCCUAUCCGCCGUAACACAGCUCCAGCAGGACAACAAGAUCCUCGCAGCAUCCGUGGACGCUAUCAACGGCCGCGUCAACGCCCUCGCCGACGUCAAGAAGCUCAAGGAUGACGCCGCCGCCGCCGUUAAAGAAGGGGAGGAUAGAGAGAAGCCCGCCACCAUCAUCACCACUACUACUGCUGCUGCCACCACUGCUACUGGAGGAGCCGCCGCCGAGGCUACGGAACCUCCCGCUUCCCCCACUAAUGAUGUUAUCCCGACCGUUGCGAGAAAGCCGAACGUUACCUCUAGGAUCAUCCUUACUACCUAUCCCGGACAGAGCGGAAUCGAUCCCAUUAUUAUGAAUUGGGGGGAGAAGGAUACUACUAAGCGUGGGCCGGUUGUUGUUUCGAGAGGUGCUUCUACUGUCAGGCGUAGAAAUGCAAUUGGCGCCCAUGGUGGUUCCUAUAGUAUCUACCACGCUCUUGCCGUCGCAAUUCAAGACCUCAAGGUUGAUCACAAGCCCGAUUUCACUAACACUGAGCCUGCCGCAACCAUUGGCCCCUUCCCUCAAUGGUCCGACCCCAAGAAGAUCGUUGCCAUGGAUCCCUUGGGUCAUUUGUCCCCUUGGUUGUACAAUGAUUACAUAAACAAGGAGAAUGUCGAGAUUCGUCCCACUAUUGCCAUCACAAAAGCUCACAUGAAACUUCCCGAACUCGAAAGUAGCGUAAAGGCUGGUCGUCUCAAGGUUGACGGAAGGAUCUGCUUGAACGAGUGUGGUGAACUAGCUGUUACUAAAUUUGCCGUCGAGCCCGUCUGGUAUCUUCCUGGUGUAGCAGAGAGAUUUGGAAUUGAUGAGGGCACUCUCCGUCGUUCUCUCUUUGAGAACACCGGUGGCUCCUUCCCAGAACUUAUCACCCGCAACGACAUCAAGCUCUUCCUACCUCCAAUUGGUGGUCUGACUGUUUACUGCUUCGGUGACCCCGCCAAGAUGUCCGACCCCAACGUUAAGCUGGCCCUUCGUGUCCAUGAUGAGUGUAAUGGAUCGGAUGUGUUCGGCUCCGAUAUCUGCACUUGUCGCCCUUACCUCAUCUUCGGGAUCGAAGAAGCAAGCCCUUGGAGAGGUUACCAAGUACCUCGUGUACAACGCUCGCAAACGCGGAAUCGACCGAGCCAGCGAAUACUUCAAGAGGUGAAACAUUGCCGGCGUAAAGGAUAUGAGGUUCCAAGCCCUCAUGCCCGAUGUACUCCAUUGGCUAGGUAUUACGAAGAUCGACAGAAUGCUUUCCAUGUCCAACAUGAAGUACGAUGCAAUUGUAGGACUCGAGGGUCGAGAUCGAUGCGAAAAUUCAUGCUGGGUACUUUACCACUGCGCAGUCCAAGGACGUGCGUGGGACGACGUGGAUCACUAGGAAGGCUUACAUACAUAUGUGGCCCUCUUGGAGUACAUAGCGGGGCUCCCAGUUUCUUUCAAUUUUUCUCUGGAGCGCAUGCCCCGCCAAAUCCCCGUGGUUUCUUAAUUCCCGGUGUGACGUCGUAUGUAAGGCGGAUCUUGCUGUAACCUGGUACUCCAGAUCCCCCCUCUCCCCCAUUGUUUUUCCCCAUUGUUUUUUCACUUCGGUUUCCGCAUUUGCAUAAAGUCCCUCCCGCUCCAAAUUCGAUUUAUUCUUCUCCCGCAUCUCGGUUCACGGCUCAUGGUAUUCUCGAUUUUGAUGGAAUAUGUCGAUACGUAGGUGUUUUUCCGCGGUAGGUUGGGGAAAGGUCCCGUUCUCACGUUCCUUUUUUCUUUUUAUCAUUAUUAUGAUGGUCUUGCUGCUGCUGUUGCGGUUGUGACGAAGGCAUCUUGGGCGCACGCUGUGCUCGAGUACCGGUAUGUUGCGCGCUUUUCUUGGUCACUGUUGGAUACCUUCUCAGUUCGAUUAGCAUGAUUAGCAUGAUUAGCAUCGCCAGUCCAUGAAUGAGAGGUUACUCUUUCCUGA